AUGCCAUUCUUUGGCAAAAAGAAGGAAGCGCCAACUUUUUGGGAGGACACCGAGGAGUGCCAAUGUUAUUAUUUUUACGAGGAUCAAUACCAGGGCGACUACCAGGGCGGGAACUGGGAACUCCAAGAGGGAUACCUCAUAGAGAUGGAUCAAGAAGAGGAACAGUCAAACCAGGAGAACGACAAGGCCUAUUCUCCGCCCAAUCCCGUGGACAAGACUUUAAGAUUUUAUGACCUCGUGCCUGUGUCAGACGGCAUGUUGCAUAAGAAAGGGCCUCUGUUCGGCGUAUGCAACUCCCCAUCACCAUCAAAUAUCGCCAUCGAGCUAUUCGGAAAUGAGCAAUCGAGAGGCUUGACUACUCUAAAAGAAGAAAAUGUAAUGGAUGAGCCGAAUUACAUCUUCAGAUGUCCUAUAGAAGAACAACUGCGAACACUCUGCUGGAAGCCCGACGAGAAGAAGAUCCGGAAGUCGAAAAAGGGCCUGGAUCCAACAGCGAGAUUGAAACUUGUGGAUAUUAGAUCGAACGAUGUUUUUGCCACGCUUGUACCUCGCAGGCUGGCCCAAUUUGAAAGAGGCGGACCUUUUCGGAGCCAAGCAGAUCUGUAUAUCCGCCAGGCAGUUGUUAAAGAGGCUCAACUUCUGAUUUAUAUGACUGCCAACGCCGUGCGCAAAUAUUGGACACAGUCGCCCUGGCCUAGGAGCAUCGGAUUCAACUACCAUACGGAAGAAGGAGUGGAAAGACGAGAGAUGAAUUUCUGGACCCCAGGCAACAAACCCGAUCUGCUAUGGAAGCAAAAGCAGCCCGAGGACGAAAAGAGUGAGGACGAAGAGUCCGAUGAGGAAGAUUCAGAAGCGGACGAUUCAGAAGCAGACGAUUCAGAUGACGUCUCAGACUCAGAGACAGGAGAUUCAGAUGAAGAAGACGAGUCAGAUGGAGACGAGUCUGUCGACAAGAAAUCAAAGAAGAACAAAAAGUCGAAGAAAAGAGAACGCGAGAAGAAAAAGAAGACGAAGAAGACGAAGAAGGACAAGAAGAAGAAGAAGAAGAAGAAGGAAGAGAUAAAGAAGCAAGAGAAAGAGAAGGAGAAGCAAGAGAAAAAGAGGCGCGAGCGGAAGAGGCGAGAGAGAAAAGAACGAAAGGAACAACUUGAAGCCCGCGAGGAACUACUUCAAGCCCGUGAGAUGGGAGAACCUUCGUCUGAGGAGGAGGCCGUGGGCGAAGUGGUGGAGGAAGCGGGAUGGCUCUAA